AUGGAAGCUCUUAGCAUGCCGACCAGCACGUUGGAAGGUCACCAUCCGGACGGGAAACCUGUGUACGCGUGUAAGAGUGCUGGGUAUUCGGCGGAAUGGCAGCGGAAGGUCUUUUGGUCCUUCCUACUCGUGUUCCUCUUCGUCAUUCCAACACUCCUCAUCGCCAGCUGGUAUUCCAGGAUCUCCUGGGUCGUCUGGCAGCAUAGCAAGGAACAGACCGAAUCAGAAAACCUCAGCUCUCUUGGUACCCUCAAUCCAGAUGGAUCAGGUCUUCAGGUGCCCAAGAGAUCCGGAGCACCGGCACUGAGGCGAUCGUGUAAUGCAAGCACCUUCUCCAAGGCCAAAAUCAAGACGAUCAAGAUGACGGUAUGCAUCGUGCUGAGUUUCGUCAUCUGCUGGUGCCCCUACUACGUGGUCCAAACUCUACACGUAUUUUGGGGUGGGGAUGUGCACGUCCCCCGCUGGGUCCAGGUGCUAUCAGAGACCCUGCCUCUGCUCAACAGUGUCAUGAAUCCGAUUCUCUACGGCUGCUUCCAUCUCCGACUGAGGCAGAACCUAGGUGAAACAUGUUGCCCCCAACAGUUUCGACAAAAUCGAUCGCCUGGCGGGGAUUCCUGCAACAUUGGC